AUGCCGGCGGCGGCGACGCACGCUGCCGGCUCCGAAAUGAAGUUGGCGAGCCGCCAGGCGGCAUAUGGGACGGCCGCCAGUGGUCGAACCAGCGCCCUCCCACUCAUCACGGCCUCCGCUACCCCUGCUGCCCCCACCGCCUCCACUGCCACCUCCGCGUCCGCUGCUGCCGCCAAACGCGCCCACCACCAUCACCAUCACCACCACCACCACCACCACCACCACCACCGCUACGUGGCAGGGGAGGAGGGCUCAUCGGAGCUGCCUCAACUUGGUGCCUACUUCGUAAGCAGCUUUAAUCGACGCCGGCUUAGGCGGGACUUGCCGCGCAGAGACCGCAUGGCCUCGGGCCGCUGUCUACCGUUCGCGACCUCAAAAGCCAACGCCUGUGCUUUCCUUGAGGGCCUGUAA